AGGCGGGGAAAGGACCCCGGGGCAGCUGGGUGGGAGUGCGCCUCGUGGAUAAAGGGGGCGGUCCCGACCGCGGCCCAGGAUUCCACCGGCAGCCGGAGAGGCUGAGAGCUCGAGACCGGCGCCGCCGCUGCCUCUGCCCGUCCCUCGGCGGCCGCCGCCUCCUCUCGCGUUCCACUUCCCCCCCUUCUCGCCCGCCACCCCCCGUCGCCCGGGAGACGCGCCGCGAGCGCCGGCAGAGUCGGAGCCGGCUUCAUGGCAGCCGCGAAGAAGGCGGUCUUGGGGCCGUUGGUGGGGGCCGUUGAUCAGGGCACCAGCUCCACGCGGUUUCUGGUUUUCAAUUCAAAAACAGCUGAACUUCUAAGUCAUCAUCAAGUGGAACUAAAACAGAAGUUCCCUAAAGAAGGGUGGGUGGAACAAGAUCCUAAGGAGAUUCUGCAGUCUGUCUAUGAAUGUAUAGAAAGAACUUGUGAGAAACUUACCCAGCUGAAUAUUGACAUUUCUGCUAUCAAAGCUAUUGGCGUGAGCAAUCAGAGGGAAACUACUGUAGUUUGGGACAAAUAUACUGGAGAACCCCUCUACAAUGCUGUUGCUGCUCCAGUUUCUCCUGGUCCUUCAGUUCCAGUUGCUGUUGUUCCUUCUGGUUCUUCAGAUCCAGCUGCUGUUACUUCCUCAGUGUGGCUUGAUCUAAGAACCCAGGGUACAGUUGAAACUCUAAGUAAAAGAAUUCCAGGAAAUAAUAAUUUUGUCAAGUCCAAGACUGGUCUUCCACUUAGCACUUAUUUUAGUGCUGUGAAACUUCACUGGAUCUUAGAAAAUGUGAGAAAAGUUAAAAAAGCUGUUGAAGAAGAAAGAGCUCUUUUUGGUACCAUUGAUUCAUGGCUUAUCUGGAGUUUGACAGGUGGGCCUAAUGGAGGAGUCCAUUGUACAGAUGUAACAAAUGCCAGUAGGACAAUGCUUUUCAACAUUCAUUCUUUAGACUGGGAUAUAGAACUGUGCGAGUUUUUUGAGAUUCCUAUGACAAUACUUCCAAAUAUCCGGAGUUCUUCUGAGAUCUAUGGUCUAAUGAAAGCUGGUGCCUUGGAAGGUGUGCCAUUAUCAGGGUGCUUGGGAGACCAGUCUGCUGCCUUAGUUGGACAAAUGUGUUUCCAAGAUGGACAAGCUAAAAAUACGUAUGGAACAGGCUGUUUCCUACUAUGUAAUACAGGCCAAAAGUGUGUUUUUUCUGAUCAUGGCCUUCUUACCACAGUGGCUUACAAACUGGGCAGAGAUAAGCCAGUAUGCUAUGCAUUGGAAGGAUCUGUUGCUAUAGCUGGUGCCGUUGUUCGCUGGCUAAGAGACAAUCUUGGUAUUUUAAAGACUUCAGAGGAAAUUGAAAAACUUGCUAAAGAAGUGGGUACUUCUUAUGGCUGCUACUUUGUUCCAGCAUUCUCAGGAUUAUAUGCACCAUACUGGGAGCCCAGUGCAAGAGGGAUUAUUUGUGGCCUUACUCAGUUCACCAAUAAACAGCAUAUUGCUUUUGCGGCAUUAGAAGCUGUUUGUUUCCAAACAAGAGAGAUUUUGGAUGCCAUGAAUAAAGACUGUGGAAUUCCACUCAGCCAUUUGCAAGUGGAUGGAGGAAUGACCAACAAUAAAAUUCUCAUGCAACUUCAAGCAGAUAUUCUUUGUAUACCAGUAGUAAAGCCUUCAAUGCCUGAAACAACAGCACUAGGUGCUGCCAUGGCAGCAGGUGCUGCAGAAGGAGUUGGGGUUUGGAGUCUUGAACCUGAAGAUUUAUCAGCUGUCACAAUGGAACGGUUUGAACCCCAGAUCAAUGAAGAAGAAAGUGAAAAUCGUUAUGCCACUUGGAAAAAAGCUGUACAAAAAUCAAUGGGCUGGGCUACAGGACAGCCUCCUGCAAACGCAGGUGACCCUAAUAUCUUCUGUAGUGUGCCAUUGGGCUUUUUUAUAGUGACUAGCAUGGUAAUGUUAAUCGGAGCAAGGUACAUCUCAGGUGUUCCAUAAAUACCUGAAUAUAUUCCAUGGACUCCCCGGAGGCAGUCUUUUUUAUGUACCAAGAGAAUCUAGCAAUUCUUUCUCUUAUUGUGUUAUACUACCUAAUAGAACUUUAUUUUUAUUUAUGUCACAUGCUGCAUGACCCAUGAGAACCCUAUGGGUAGUCUUGUGGCUUGAAUUAAAGAAAACACAGCAGAAAGAACUAUAGAAACACAUAGUGUAUUUUUUGUUAACAUCAGCAAUUAAGGUUGGGCUGGUUCUUUAAGGAACUGAAGACCCUCAGUUAUUUUUAUCAUCUUGCCUUCUUCCCCUCAGGAUCUAGGAAAAACUAAAUUUCCAUUUACAGUGACUUCUCAAACAUUUUCAAAUGCUGAUGGAUUAAGAAUUUUAUAUUCUGGCUGCAAGUACUCAAUGGAAGUACUCCUUCUAUACCACUUUUUUUAAAAAAGGAGGGUGCAUUUUUGUCAUUGGUCCCCAAAGGGCCUCUUUCCUAUGUGAUAGGAAGGACAAAGGUUACUUGAACAAUUCUGAAUUUUAAAAAAGUGGAGAUUUCACAAAAGCAUAGUUUAGUUUUCUAUAAAUUAUUUCACCUAACUGGAAUUCUUCAGUUAUAAUUCUCACCAAUAUAACUAAAACCUCCCAUAUUUUUGCCUGACUCUUAUAAGGAAGAACUUUUUUCUUCCUUUUUGUCUCCUUUUCUUUCACCUCUCCUUUCUGUGUUUUUUACUUUGUACGGCCACAAAUUGUACAUAUACAGUGUAGCACCUAAAAAUAAAGAGUACAUUGCACUCACUUAGUCAAAAUGGGUUUGAGUUUUAAGUGGACUACCAUGUACACAAAUAUUUUGGGGAUAAUGACUUAUGUACAUUAUGGGAGAGUUGUUAUGCACAUUAAUCUGCAGGAGGUGCUUUUCCUUGAAGAGCUAACAACAUUUAUAAUUGAAAUGCAUAUUCCAUGUCCGCAGAUGAAAACACACCCUAUUCUGGAUCCAACUAUAUGUCCUACUUUUUUACUUAGGUGUCAUAAUUGGAUAAAUGCUGAACAUCAUUUAAAUUUACAAGUAUUGGUCCAAAUAAAGAUUUUUCUCUGGCUCAA